AUGGAGUACAUUACACAAUUCACUGGCAAGGUGCGCUAUUUAAAACGAGCAGACAACAUCGUCGCAGACACCCUCUCUCACAUUGACAUGGCUUCUGUUGUACCUGACACUAGAAUUAAUUAUCCAGCCAUGGCAGAAGAACAGAAACGGGAAUACAGUCAAAUCAUCGCUUGCCAAUGGCUAAAAAAUGACGAUGACGCAAGUAGAGAUGCUUCAAGGUGCCAAGAUCUGGUGUUAUUUGUCAACGGGAAAACAUCGUCUUUUCGUUUCUACCGCCAUGCGGAAAUUGGUAAUCUUUGUGAAUAA